UAUAUAAAGGCUGGGGCGAGUCCUCAUUACUCAUCAGAUCUCAAUUGCUAUCUGCAAGAGCUGGAACCUCAUCUCUAAUCCCUCACUACUGACCACCCCUGAAGAGCAAGAUGAAGUUAAAAGUGUUUGCUGAUCGCGGGUCUCAGCCAUCACGGGCAGUUCUCAUACUCUGCAAGGCUAAUGGGAUUGAGUUUGAAGAAGUCCAAAUCCAGCUGGCUAAAGGGGAGCACAAAUCUCCUGAAUACGAAGCAAUCAAUCCCAUGGAGCAAGUCCCAGCAAUAGAAGUUGAUGGAAAAUUCAGGCUCUUUGAGAGUCAUGCUAUCCUUCGAUUUCUGGCAACUGGUUUUCCUGGAAUUGCAGAACAUUGGUAUCCUGCAGACGUGUUCAAAAGAGCACAGAUUGACUCAGCUUUAGAUUGGCAUCACUCCACUAUACGACGGGGUUCAGUUGGGGUAGUCCUCAAUACUACGCUUGCACCUUUAUUUGGCCGGCCUUUGGAUCCUCAAGCAGCAGCAGAAGCUGAAAAGCUCCUGUCAGCUUCUUUGGCAAAGAUUGAAUCCUUUUGGCUCAAGGGUGAUGGACCAUUUCUGCUGGGAAACUCUGAACCCUCCAUAGCAGACCUGAGUUUGGUCUGUGAAAUUAUGCAACUUGAGCUUGUGGAUGAGGAGCUUCAGAAACGGAUAUUGGACCCAUAUGAGAAAGUUCGGAAAUGGGUUGAAGAUACAAAGAAGGCAAUACAACCUCAUUUUGAUGAAAUUCAUGCUGCUGUCUUCCAGAACAAAGAGAUGAUAAAGAAGGCGCUGGCUGGUGCAGGCAGUGGUGAGACGAAAACCAGCUGACAAGCUGCUUAGGAUUCAAAAGAUGUGGAUUGCUGCUAUAUGUUGAAGCCCUAUAGAAUUUCCAGAAUCCAAUCAUGAUCUCAGAUGUUGGUGUAAGAAAUAAGGCAGUUUGGCAAUAAGGGCAGUUUGUGUUUGUAGUGUAAAAAAGCCUGGAAACCGAUUAUGUAGUGGGAAUAUGCAUGCUAGAAGAGAAAUUGUUACUGUUGCAGCUAAUUUCAAGUAAAAGAAUGUGUAAUAUCUGGUACAAUAAGCUCCAGCCAUGCUUGUCCGACGCUGUUUCAUGUCCGUCCGAUUUGUUCAAAUUUGCUCCA